GCGCUUUAGUACGGGUUUUGAACGCGUCGCGUACGAAACUUAUUAUCCAACAAGCAUAGUUUCCCUAAGGCAAGGACAUUGUGAAUAUUUCGAGUUGAGUUUCCGGACGACUUUAGUGUAUAUGUACAUAGUAUAUCUCUGUGUCGGUGUGUGCGGUCUUAAAUAUAGAUGUACAUAUAAUAUUUAUUUUCAAAAGAAAAAAAAAGAAAAACCGGAUAUGGAUGUAGUGUAUAGUGAAAAUUUCGAAAUUUUAUAAAGAAACCGAUCAAAACCGAUUUCGCUACAAUAUAAAUACGCUUACAUUUUGUGCAUAUGAUUUCAUAUAUGUAUGCUAAAGUUAAAUAAUUUACAUACAAUACAUACAUAUAUAAAUUUAGUUAAACAUAAUAAAAAAAAAUUUUUUGAUAUACACAAUACUUGAAUUAUCAGCCCGAAAAUUAUUCAAAUCCAAAUUUAUAUAUUCCGUUUGUUUAUAUAUGUAUGCACAUACAUACAUAAGUGCAAAGUAUCAAUGAAUGGCCUGAGUACUCCAUACAUACAUAUACAUAUAUUAAAUGUAAACCCUCAGCAGUGAAUUGUGUGCCGAAUAAAUCUAAUUGUUAAAAAAUAAAAAUUUCAAAAUAUAUUAAAGAGUGAUUUUAAAACAUCAUAAAAACAAAAGAAAGCAAUAAGCAAAUUAUAAGGAUUAUACUUUCUUCGCAAUGAAGCGCAACAGGUGCUCGUUCUUAUUAUUCUUAUUGUUGGCCUUUCUCAGUGCGAGCGUAAGCGCUUUUCAUAUUAUCGCAUUGCACCGCCAAUAUGAGUAUGAGUAUGUCGGUACGGUUGCAGUGGGUGCAAAGGCACCACAAGAAGAUGAACAUCCGGCUCCGCCGACUUCCGGUUGGAUUGUGCGCGGCAAGUUAACGCUACAACGACAAUCGGCUAAUGUUUUGGCCGCCGCGCUCGUCAUCGACGAUAUUACGUUAAAUAAUUCUGGUGAAAAAUUCUUGCAAAAUAAGGAGAUGUAUCCACCUUACAAACCUUUCAAAAUCUUGCUAACACCCGAAGGUACUGUCUCACAUCUCGUUUUUAAGGAGGCAGAUCCCAUUUGGUCUACGAAUUUCAAACGUGCCAUUGCUUCCAUACUCCAAUUCCAAGUUGAAUCUACGGGCGCUUUUGUUGUAGAUGAGAUCGGCAUACACGGCAAAUGUUCGACAGAAUAUUUUGUUUCAAACAAAACCAAUUACAUUUCCAUACGCAAAACACCGGAAUUAAAGAACUGCACACCAUUCUCUGAAGCUAUACACGUUACGCGCAGUAACGUGCCCUCAAAUACUUGCGAAUUCGAUUUUCAAAAGAAUGUCAUUAUUGGAAAUGAAGCCAUUUAUGGUAUGCUGCCACAUCCAGCGACUGGUUACUUCCUCAGUAUGGCACAUGUUAAGGGCACAACGUUGAUACACACAUUUGAGUCGACCGGAGAGGCGCAAUAUAUUAACUCAGAACUUUUGUUGAAUUUCCUAAACGAGACCUCCAUUGAUAAUCCCAUAGACAUUGAAACUUCCAUGUGCUCCGAAAUAUCCGGACUUGAGUUGCUUCCCAAUGAGCUGAGCGAUCCAACAGGCGGUCGCAAUCCACAAUUACAGGAAUCACUCAUUACAGCAGCUUCAAGUAUGCUCAAUAGUCUUGCAGAAGGACUAGAAGAUGCGGAACUCAAAUUUGGUGAACCUUACGAUACUGCCGUUUCGGAUUUGAUAAAAGUACUGUCCGAAAUGGAUUAUGAUUCUUUGAAGAAACUUUAUAGAGAUGUGGAUAUCGGUACAUCAUAUAGGCAAGAAACAAUACGAAAUAUUUUUCAUGAGAUUAUACCACGAAUUGGUACAAAGGCGUCGGUAUUUUUAACGCGAGACUUGGUACUAGAAAAGGAUCUGAAGUCUACAAUUGCGGUACAGCUUUUGAUUUCAAUACCAUUCCAUAUAUUUGAGUUAUCUUUGGAGUUGGUUAAAGAAUGUGAAGUCUUUCUCACCCUAGGACCGGAUCGGCCAGAUGUACAUCAAGCGGCUAUACUAAGUUUCGCUACUCUGGUGCAUAAUGCCUUUAUGGCUGGACGUAUCAACAAGGAUGUAUUCGAGGAAUAUGUACAAAAGUAUUUCAAUUUAUAUUUAAAUAGCCGUGAUUAUGAGUUGAAAAUGCUUUAUCUUCAAGGUCUGAGUAAUCUUCAAGUGGGCAAUGUUGCUAAUUAUCUGGAUCCUAUUGUUAGCGAUCCAGAUGAAAAUGAGGAUAUCAAGUUUUUGGCUGCUUGGGUAACUUUGUCACUGGCGACCGAACGCGCGGAGCGGAUCUACGAAAUUUAUUGGCCCAUUUUUGAAUCACGUAAUGCCAGUUUGGAGUUACGUGUCACAGCCGUUACUCUGCUUCUAAUCUCCAAUCCCACAGCCGCUCGUCUAAUCAGUAUUCAUCGCAUUAUACAAAGUGAAACAGAUCCGCAUAUGAUCAAUUAUUAUCGCACUACCAUCACAAGUAUAUCUGAGACAACAUAUCCUUGUUAUCAACAUCUCCGCCGUCUACUCUCGUACAUGAAUCGACAUUUACCACAAAAACCGGAACCACGCUAUUGGGUCACUGGAAAUUAUAUAUUCGAUUAUCGUGACUCGAAAUAUGGUAUUGGUGCAAUGCUUCAAGCCUUUUUGGUGGGCGAUUCCAAAUCUGACUUACCUGUUGUUGCAUAUUUCAAAUUUGAUACAGAGGCUUUGGGAAAAUUCACAGGACAGCUAGCGUUAUAUAUCAAGGCUCGCGGUCUACCCGAUGCGAUUUUCCAUAAAUUUCUUAAAAACGCAGCAAAUCCAUUGAAAUUCGAACAUAUUAAAGAAUUACUCCAAGCCAUGAAAGCGCCCAUCAUACAAUCGAAACCGCUACAUUUGGAAUUUAUUUUGCAAAUGGAAGGCAAGACCGUGUUGUCGUAUUACUUAAAUCAGAAAACGUUUCAAAAACUAACCUAUACCGAUCUUAUUAGUCGCAUAAGCUUCAUCAUACGUGCCGACAGUCAUAUCAACAUGCAAACUGUACGUUGGCCCUUCAUGACCAAAUAUUCAGUGCCCACAGUCUUGGGCACCGCCUCGGAUGUACUGUUGCAAACCACUGUACUCACCUCAUUGCGUGGCAACAUUACACAACAUCAAACUAAUGACCUCAUGAAAUCAGCACUGGAGAUCGAUGCUCGUUACUCUUCGUAUGCUUCGUGUCGGAGUCGGAGUUAUAAUCCCUUCUUGAAUUUGGAUCAUGAAAUCAACCGUGAACAGGGCUUCCUCAUAUAUGUGCCAUUCAACACUGAUUUAAAUUUGAAUAUGACUAGCAAAUGCUUACGAUACACAUUUCAGCGUCCAGAAAAUAUGACAAGCGGUCUGUCGUUUAAGUCCCGUUCGAUUACAUCGACACGUGGACAAAUCACAAAAGCUACUCAGCCGUUCGAGGAGGUUAUGUACCCGGAUCGCCUCGUGGAUGUGUUCCAACUGUUCAAGUAUGACACUGAGGAUCUCGGCAUUUCGAUGUCCAUAAAAACGAAUUUGAACGAAUUGAAUAAAUAUCGUGGCAUGUUGUUAAAGUCGGAGUUUAUGGAAAAUGGCUUCUCACGAAAUGUAGUCAUCAACUUUCUUAUGUAUGUCUUUGGCGUGGCUCAAUUGAGUUCAAUUCAUUUGGGUCAUGAUCGAAACUUUACCAUGCUGGUGCGGAAUGAGAAACCAACAAAGAUUGACGGCUCGAUUUGCAAACAAGAUCUAUUAAAUACUGCCGAGAAAUUCGGACAACAAUUCAGUUUGACAAUGGAGCAUUCGAGUAAUUUGAAUGUCAACGAAGCUUUGCACAGUUGGAAUGUUACAAUGGACGUUUACUCCUCGAGUAAGAGUAAUUGGUUUAGCGUGAUUGGCAAUUUGGAGCGUACAUCGAAAAUAGAUACACGUGAUUGGAAGGCACAAAUAAAUGCAACGUAUGAACCACUCGUGUUUACAAAACGGCCACACACCUUCAAUAUCGGCGUGGUAUUCGGCAAUGCCAGUAGAACCAAUGACAAUCCGAGUAACACUUCCAAAGUGCACUUCUCCGGAAGGGCGGGUCCAUCGGAUUAUGCGCGCGAUUUCUUGCUCUCCGAUAACCCCCUCACUGACACUGACUUUUGUCCGAAGGAGGUACUCAAAUUCAGCCCAAUACCCACCUCAAAAUAUUGCAAGCGCAGUAAUUUUGAAAAUUUCACAUCCAUCACUAAAUACGAUAUGGAUUUGAAAUUCGAUAAUAUGCCUUCAUGGUUUGAUUUGUGGUCUACGCGCUUGGAUCAUUUAGUGUCUGCUUUGUCUGAGAAAAAGGUGGAAAGUCUCAAUUUGGAAGAGGAGAUUAAAUUUUCAUUACACGCACCGAACGACCAUUUCUGGCUGACAGUUGAAGUGAAUGGUGUAAAUUGGCGCAUCUAUCAUAUACCAUUCUUGCAGAAAUUGGAUUCGAAAUAUGAUGUUUCGCACGAGAUCUCUUACGAUUCAGGCCUCAAACGUUCCUGCUCAGUGAUAAACGGCAUGGUUAACACAUUCGAUGAUUACUUAAUCAACCUGAGUGAAUUCACCAAGGUGACUGUGGCGAAUCAUUGUCAGACGCUAUUAGCCGCCGAUUGCUCAGCACUACCAGAGAUGGCUAUAUUUUUAUUGCCCUCACCAGAGUAUGGAUUGAGUGCAAAUUAUGGUUUACGUGUUUAUAUUGGACAGAAUUACUUCACAUUUAGGCCAGUAGAUAAUCAAACUAAAUUACAAGAUGAUGCGCCUUUAUACAUAACGGUUAAUAGUAAUGAAACAUUGAUAAAUUUACGUGAGAAAGCAUACAGAUAUCCCGAGGAUGUAAGCGACUAUGAUUUUCACGUGGAAUUGACAGAACAUAAUAUACUCAUCGUUGAGAAUGCCCAAAUGCACUCGACUAUACAAUUCGAUUUAUCGAAUGUACUGAAUUUGGAAAUUUAUGGUCUAUAUAAAAGUAAAAUAUGCGGGCUCUGCAGCAAACCACUAAACGCAAUGCAAAAUUAUACUUUAUGUAUGUAG